CUCUACAGGGACGUCAUGCAGGAGAACUAUGAGACGGUGACCUCGCUGGGAUUCCCCGUUCCCAAACCUGACCUGAUCGCCCGGCUGGAACGAGGGGAAGAGCCGUGGGUCCCGGAUCUCCAGGCCUCUGAGGAAAGUGUGAGCCUGAGAGGCACCUGCACAGCAGGUGAUAGGACAGUGAGUGAGAACAAGGAGGAGAAUCAGCAGGAGGAAGGUCCUAAGAAAGUGGAACUGCAGGAGAGGUUUUUGAGCAGAGCUGAAGGGAAUUUUUCCCAGCACUUGGAACAAGGAAAUGCCUGGGGAGAUCGACACAGAUCAGAGAUGCAGCUGGGAAGCUAUCCUGGGAAGAAACUGGAUGAAUCCUCUGAAUGUGAUGGAGGAUGGAAGGAUCCCAAGGAAACCACAGUCCAGCAGACAAGUCUCAAUGAAGAGAAACCCUACAAAUGCCUUGAGUGUGGGAAAAGAUUCCAGUUCAGUGCAAACCUUAUUAAACAUUGGAGAACCCACACAGGAGAGAAGUCCUAUGAAUGCUUGGACUGUGGGAAAAGCUUCAGUGAGAAGUCGCACUUCAUUACACACCGGAGACUGCACACAGACGAGAGACCCUAUAAAUGCCUGGAGUGCGGGAAAAGCUUUAAUGAGACAUCACACCUUAUGUCACAUCACAGAACCCACACAGGAGAGAAGCCCUAUAAAUGCUUAGACUGUGGGAAAAGCUUCAGUAGGAAGCCUUAUCUUAUUAAACACCAGAGACUUCACACGGGAGAGAGACCUUAUAAAUGCUUUGAGUGUGGGAAAGGUUUUAUCGAAAGUUCAUCCCUUACUAAACAUGAAAGAAUCCACACAGGAGAAAGACCCUAUACAUGCCUUGAAUGUGGGAAAAGCUUCAUUCAGAAGUCACAACUUAUUAUACACCAGAGAGUGCACACAGGAGAGAGACCUUAUAAAUGCCUUGAGUGUGGGAAUGAUUUCAGUAGUCGCUCCCACCUUAUUAAGCAUCAGAAAAUCCACACAGGUGACAAACCCUAUAAAUGCCUCGACUGUGGGAAAAGUUUUGUUGACAGAACAAAACUUACCACUCAUCAGAGAAUCCACACAGGAGAGAGACCCCAUAAAUGUUUAGACUGUGGGAAAAGCUUCAUUGAGAAGUCACAACUUAUUCUACAUCAGAGACUGCACACAGGAGAGAGACCUUUUCAGUGCUGUGAAUGUGGGAAAAGUUUUAUUCGGAGCUCAGUGCUUAUUACACAUCAGAGAACCCACACAGGAGAGAGACCUUAUAAAUGCCUUGAGUGUGGGAAAGAUUUUAGCGAGAGCUCAAAGCUUACUACACAUCAGAGAAUCCACACGGGAGAAAGACCCUACAAAUGCUUGGACUGUGGGAAAACUUUCAGUCAGCGCUCAUACCUUACUAAACACGGGAGAAUCCACAUGGGAGAGAGACCUUAUAAAUGCCUUGACUGUGGGGAAAGGUUCAGUAAGAGCUCAGAGCUGACCAAACAUCAGAGAAUCCACAAGGGUGAGACACCCUAGGAAUAGCUUGAGUGCAGACACACAUGAGUGACCACACAACAGAGAAACCUUGAAUGCGGGGGAAGCUUCAUUUGGUGCUCCCAGAGUAUCAGGCAUCCGCAAAUCUGCACAGGGAAGAAACCUCUGAGAUGUUUUCAGGGGGAAAAAUGCUCCAAGUGGAGCUAACACCAUGUUGGACAUCAGAGACUCCUCCAUGCAGCAGGGAAAUGACUGG